AUAUUUGAACGUUACUGCAAGCCGGGUUGAUUCUUUGACAUCAGAACGUUUCCAAUUUUAUAAAUACUAAUUUGUCGUUUUUUAGUGUCAGUGAAUUCUUUAUACAACCACGAAGAAAUCCUCACUCUUUGAAGAUGAUUGACAAUGCAUACAUUUUGGACAAUGGAGCGUACUCAGCUAAAGUUGGUCUUUCCUGCCAUGAAGAACCAAAAAUCAUUCCCAACUGCAUAAUGAAAGCAAAAAGUGAAAGACAGAGGCCAUUUAUCGGUAAUCAAAUUGAAGAUUGCAGGGAUGCUUCAGGUUUAUUCUACAUAUUACCAUUUACGAAAGGAUAUCUGGUCAAUUGGGACGUGCAGAAGACAGUGUGGGAUUACAUUCUAAGCAAUGACUGUUGUCCAUCCAAUUUCAGUGAAAGCCCAGUCAUCAUCACAGAACCGUAUUUCAACUUUAAUCCUAUCAAGGAAGCCAUGAGUGAAAUAUUCUUCGAAGAGUAUGAGUGUCAGUCAUUUCUCCGUGUCAACGCUGGUGAUUUAAGCGUGUAUCACUACAAUCAUGACAAUCCUGGUACGUUGUGUGUGUUGCUGGUGGAAACUGGCUACAGUUUUACUCACAUCGUCCCAUAUAUUCAAGGGAAAAAAAUAAGAAACAAAAUCCGCCGUAUUGAUGUUGGAGGAAAAAUCUUGACCAACCAUAUAAAGGAAAUCAUCUCUUACAGACAGCUCCAUGUUAUGGAUGAAACAUAUGUGAUGAACCAGGUGAAGGAAGAUUGCUGCUUUGUAUCUGAAGACUUCAGUCGUGAUGUAGAAAUCGCCAGAAAAAAGUACCCAGAGAAUACAAUUGUCAGAGAUUAUGCCUUACCAGAUUAUACGACUAUCAGACGAGGCUACAUUCGACCAUUAGAUUCCAAAGAAGAGUGUAAUCAACAAACCAUUCGAUUGAACAUCGAGCGAUUUUCUGUGCCUGAAGUCUUGUUCCACCCGUCGGAUUUGGGAAUCAAUCAAAUGGGUAUUCCAGAAGCAAUUGUCAGAGUUAUCAAAUCUUGUCCAGAAGAAACUCAGCCCCAUCUAUUCAACAACAUUCUAAUAACAGGAGGCUGUGCUGCAUUCCCGGGUUUUAAAACAAGAGUCUAUAAUGAUGUUAGGAGCAUGGCACCAUAUAACUGCAAAGUACGAGUGACAGUACCAGACAACCCAGUGACGUAUGCAUGGCAUGGAGGUGUUUUAUUCAGCAAAGAUCCAAAAUUUUACAACUAUGCUGUUACAAAAGAGGAAUAUGAGAAAGAAGGACACGCAGUAAUUUUUGAGCGGUUUGAUGAAGCAAACUUAAAUUUCGCAUGAUUGUUGAUAUCUAAGGCUCUGUUUCUUCUCAGCCUCUCGUUCUGGAGAAAGUUGAGGCGAGAUGUUCGGGGACAAUUGAAUACCAUGUUGAAGCAUGCUGGUCAAGUUCUCAACAGUCUCCUCUUCAGCAUGGAUCUUGCGCAGUGCGUUACUUACAAUGCACAAAUCACCACGUAACUCUGAUACAAGUGCUGCAAUCUUCUGCGUGUUGCUCAGCACUUCAAUGCUUUGCGUGUAAGGGUUGUAACGUACACCAAACGGUCGCUGGAUGCUCCCAGCAAAUGCCCUGAAAGCAUGGGAAAAAGGACUUCCAUUUGUGUUUUGACAGGAUCCAAGUCAAUAUCUUAUUGUUCCUAAAAAUGGCUAAUCGACUUAGACAGUUACAAAAAGUACAAUUAUGUUUGUAGUAUUCAAGAAAGUGGAACAUGGUCAAUAGUUGAAUUGUGAGCCAGAUGUAAUUAUGUAAUUAUGAUUGUACAUAUUGAUCGGUGGAGAGGUUCAUAAAAAAAAUUAAGGACUUCAUUGCUGAAGCAGCAAAUUUACUGCAGCCAAUUUUGUGAGAUUUUUAUAUUUCAAUUAUCUCUGUACCGUAUGAUCUUUGAACAAGAGUAUGUUGCCAAAAUUGAAUUAUUUGGAAAAUUAUAAUGGCUAUCAUUUGUGUAAGGAUAAAGAACACUUAGUACGUAUUAACUUUUCUGUGAUCCUAUUUUAAACUAUAAAGCAUUUCCUGUAGAGAUUUAUGCUCAAUUAAAUUUUUAUUUCUUAUGUAAGUA